AUGCGCCCACGUCUUUUGCUCUGUGGUCGCUGCUUAGCUCGCAGGAGGCCUUUCACGACCUCAGCGCCCUUUGCAAAUGCACUUCAACAUGCACCUCCCCCGCCUGAUGCGGGCUAUGCCCGGCUCACGAAUCGCGGUCUGAUCUCAAUCACAGGUGCUGACAGCUCUACUUUCCUCCAAGGGUUGAUCACGCAAAACAUGCUGGUCGCUAAUGAUCCAGCUAAACCUACUCGCCAAACUGGGGCAUACACUGCCUUUCUUAAUUCGCAAGGCCGUAUACUGAAUGACGCAUUUAUCUACCCACUACCGAACCCAGAAGACAAGAGCGCGGACCCCGAAUGGCUGAUCGAGAUCGAUAAAAACGAGGUGCCGGUUCUGCUGAAGCAUUUGAAGAAGCACAAACUACGCGCAAAGUUAAAGCUCCGGGCUCUCGAAGAUGGCGAGCGCACUAUUUGGUCGUCAUGGAAGAACCAAUCCCAGCCACGGUGGGCAGCAUACAAUUUAGAAUCCGAGUCCGCUGCUAUCUCACCAUUUUCUCCUUCGUCGAGCAUUGUAGGAUGUAUCGACACGCGCGCUCCGGGCUUUGGUUCUCGUCUUAUUACCCCGGGUGCGGAAGACUUACGCAGCCAUUUCCCAGAAGAAUCACAGCUUGCUGGGUCUGAAAGGGACAGUCCGAGAUUCUCCCGUGAAGCCUCACUGCCACUCGAGUCUAAUAUGGAUAUGGCGCUGGCUAUCGACUUCCGCAAGGGCUGCUACGUUGGCCAGGAACUGACGAUUCGGACGCACCACACCGGUGUGGUACGCAAGCGUAUUCUUCCAGUCCAGCUCUACACGGAAGAUGUACCAUCCACUGAUGGCCUGAGAUAUGAUUCGUCAGUCAAGCUCGCAGCACCGCCACCAGGCACGAACAUCACGAAAGCUGGUGGCCGUCGGGGUCGGAGUGCUGGGAAAUUCUUGAACGGUGUCGGUAACAUCGGUCUGGCUCUCUGUCGCUUGGAGAUGAUGACCGAUAUCGCUCUCACGGGCGAGGGAACUCAGUAUACUCCGGACAGCGAGUUCAAGCUUUCAUGGACCACCGAAGCAGGGCAGCCUACCGAGGUGAAGGUCAAGGCUUUCGUGCCUUCGUGGACCAGGGAUUUUAUCCUGAAUGGCGGAGCACGGAAACCAACACCUCGGCCAGUCAUUAGCGAGCGGGCCCGAGAGUUCGUUGAACAGCUUGAUGAAGAGGAAGCGCAGAAAAGAACGGACUAG